GCUGAUGGGAAAGGGAGGGUUAAGUAACAUUCUCUCUUCCACUUCCUCCCUCCCCACGAUCUGCUGCUCCCUUCAACGCUAGAUUUGACAUUACAUUUGUACAGGUCUUUCCUCUGGUCACCUGAGAGCAUUAGCUUUGCCUGACUCCUCCUGCCCCAGGAGCCGCCCUCCUCCGUGAGGCCAGAGAAAUGCAGGCCAUCAAGUGUGUGGUGGUGGGAGAUGGAGCUGUGGGUAAAACCUGUCUCCUCAUCAGCUACACCACCAAUGCCUUCCCAGGCGAAUACAUCCCCACUGUGUUCGAUAACUAUUCCGCCAAUGUGAUGGUUGACAGCAAGCCCGUAAACCUGGGGCUGUGGGAUACAGCUGGGCAAGAGGAUUAUGACCGGUUGAGACCCCUCUCCUAUCCGCAGACGGACGUCUUCCUGAUCUGCUUCUCUCUGGUCAGUCCGGCCUCUUAUGAAAACGUCCGCGCCAAGUGGUUCCCUGAGGUCCGACACCACUGCCCCAGCACCCCCAUCAUCCUUGUGGGCACCAAGCUGGAUCUCCGUGAUGACAAGGAUACGAUUGAGAAGCUGAAGGAGAAGAAGUUGUCGCCCAUCACGUACCCGCAGGGCCUCGCGCUGGCCAAGGAGAUCGAUUCUGUGAAAUACCUCGAGUGCUCGGCGUUGACGCAACGUGGCCUGAAAACGGUGUUUGACGAGGCAAUCCGAGCGGUUCUCUGUCCCCAGCCCACUAGACCAAAAAAACGGGGGUGCAGCCUCCUCUAGGGGACCCUGAUGCUGCCUGGGGGGUGCCCUCUGCCCUGAAGAAAGUCCCCUUGCAGGACUCCCCUUCCUGCCGCACCACUCUCCUCCUGAACUUCCUGACUCUAUCCUGAAGAGAAGCUGCUGUUGUGGCCAGCUUCCCUCAAUGGGAUCCCAAAACCUGACUCUGACCUGGAACCUCAGUGCUACCUUGGAGACAGGGGUGACCUGUUGUGGGGGAUGUGGAGCUUAAGCCCUUCCCCUUAAAAAUCAACUCAACAUAUAUGGAAAACUGCAAAAAAGCCCCCCCCUGCAAUUUUCCUGCUUGGCCACUAGGGGCUGCUUUGUAGCUGUCCAUUACCAGACAAAAAGAAAAGGAGUACUUGUGGCACCUUAAAGACUAACAAAUUUAGUCUAAGGUGCCACAAGUACUCCUUUUCUUUUUGCGAAUACAGACUAACACGGCUGCUACUCUGAAACCUGUCAUUACCAGACAGCGGCUGCCUCUCCUCCCCCUUCACAUUGCUUCCCCUGCUCUUCCCCCAGCCUCCGCAUAAGACCCCAGGGAGGCAGGAGAGAGGCACAGAGUGGCCAGGGACAGGAGACAGAGCUGAUCAGGGCCAGGUGAGGGAGAAAAAAGGCUCUCUUCUCUCCUCACACCACAGCUGGACUGGAAUGGGAGGGAUGGAUGGGGUGGGGAAGGCAGGUUGGAAGGGUACAAGCUGGUGUCACAACCUGCCUCCUCUUGUUAUUCUGGACACAGAUUCCAGCCCCAGUCCUCAGCUUGCUCACAACACCAGGCUCUGCUGAUGCAACAGUGGUUGAAGGUUUCAGCGUCUUGGACCUUUGUACCGCUUGGUGAUCACAGCGCUUGUUUGUUUCUGCUGCCUAGAAGGACCAAUAUGGGUCUGUAGCACUCAUUUGUCCUUUUGCACAGCCUCCCUCCCUCCUCCUGUCAAUUUCUGUAUAGGGAAUGAGAGUUAAUAAACCGACUGUACUUUCCUG